AUGUUCAGCCCGCGUCCCACCAACGCGGUGACGCAUCCAUGUUUCAAAUCUUCUUCCGAAAUUCAAUCCUCCGUUUCACCUUCUCUCUCUCAUCACCCUCACUUGUUCCCUCUAAACCCCGUCACGCGCCACACUCUCUUAACCUCCGCGCCACAAAACCACGCGCCUCCCUGGCCGUCGUCGUUUCCGCCCCACCUCAAAGCGCCGCGUUUCAGUUACACCCCUGCAAACUUGACGCGCCUGAAUAAUUUAUACCUCAAGUGCCGGAAAGUCGAGUUUGUACGCCAAAUGUUUAAUGAAAUUCCCAAACUAGACGUUAAUGCAUGGAGGUGGAGUGCUAUGAUUACCAGUUUCGUGCGCAAUGGAAUGAUAAAAGAAGUUUUGGAGUAUAUGAGGUUGAUGUUAGUGGAAGGAAUAAAUCCAAAUUUGGUUGUAGUGACAGUUGUUUUUGAUGUUAUAGGGAAAGUUGGUGCACGAAACUUAGGUAGAGAAGUUCAUGGUUUUGUGGUGAAGAAUAUGUAUUACAAGGAAUUGUCUAUUCUAUCGGCAUUGAUCAAUAUGUAUUGGAAGUGCAGCGAUGUUGGUUCAGGUAGUCGAGUUUUGUAUAGUGUAAUGAAGAGGAAAGGUAAGUUUUGGAUUGGAUUGAUGUCGGGGAGGCUUGAAGUUGAAAUGAGGUCUGUGAUUCGGUUGAAGAGGUUCAGGCCUGGUGCUGUAGCGGUUGCCUCUUUACUUCCCAUUUGUGCACAGUUAAGGGCUCUGAAGCAUGGGAAGGAGAUUCAUGCUUAUGCUUUGAGACAUUGGCUUCUGCCUAACGUGUCCAUAGUGUCUUCGUUGAUGGUGUUGUACUCUAAGUGUGGUGUGAUUCAGUAUUCCAUUAAACUUUUUGAUGAAAUGGAGGGGAAGAAUGUGGUUUCAUGGACAGCCAUGGUCGCUUCAUGCGUUGAAAAUGGGCAUCUGUGUGAAGCUCUUGGUGUCAUGAGGUCAAUGGGAUUGACGGAGCAUAAGCCAGAUACGGUUACAAUGGCUAGGGUGUUACAUGUGUGUGGAGAGCUGAAAGUUUUAAAGCUUGGGAAGGAAGUUCACGGGCAAGUGUUGAAAAGGGGUUUUGCAUCGGUCCAUUAUGUUGCUGCGGAAGUCAUUGAUAUGUAUGGGAUUUGUGGAGAUGUUGAUAAGGCAAAGUUGGUAUUUAGUGUAGUUCCUGUUAAAGGUUCAAUGACAUGGAGUGCUCUUAUAAGGGCCUAUGGGUGUAAGGAAUGGUAUCAGGAGGCAGUUGAUCUUUUCGAUGACAUGAUUUCAAAUGGUUGCUCUCCGAACCGCUUCACUUUUGAAGCUGUUCUAUCUAUAUGUGAUAGGGCUGGAUUUGUUGAAGAUGCUUUUAGGAUCUUUGAUUUGAUGUCGAGAUAUAAAAUUGAAGCAUCCAAAGAACACUGCAAUUGCAUGAUUCGACUUCUAACUCGCUAUGGUAAACUAGAUGAGGCUCUAAGAUAUGUAGAAAUGAGUUCUCCUUAUAGCAGAGGACAAGACAAGCAGCUAUAG